AUGAGUCUCAAAGAUACAUUUUCUUUGGAAGAUAAUGGUGCUUUUCAUCAGUGACCUACGAAGGAUGGACGAGGACAGAGACCUCAUGGCUGCGAGGAUAUUGGACCUCACCCUAGAGAUCAUCUACCUGAUAACUGGAGAGGAUUACACAGUAGUGAAGAAGUCGUCUGGUGAGUGUGUGACACCCCAUGUGUUAGGAGAAUGGAGCAGGACCCCGGGGGCCAUCACCGAGACUCCACCUCAUUCACUGAUACAUGAGCAGAAGAUCCUAGAACUUACCACCAGGAUCACUGAGCUGCUGACCGGAGAGGUUCCUAUAAGAUGUCAGGAUGUCACUGUCUAUUUCUCCAUGGAGGAGUGGGAGUAUUUAGAAGGACACAAGGAUAUGUACAAGGAUGUCAUGAUGAAGGAUAACCAGCCCCUCACAUCACCGGAUGCGUCAAGUAAAGGAAAAUCCCCACAGAGAUGUCCCAGUCCUCUAUAUUCUCAGGAUUGUUUACAAGAAAAGCAAAAUGUCCUACUGGAUCAUCAGGAAAGUUAUGGCGGAACAACAAGUGGAGCAGAGAUCCCCUUAUCAGUGUCAGUGGAUGGUGAAGAAUGGAUAGGAGGCUUCCAGGAACAUACUUUGUAUGAAGUAGAUGAUAAUCAAUCAAAAUUUGGCAAAAAUAUAACCGAACAUGGACUGGGAAAAUUUUUUGCAUGCCCUGAAUGUGGAAAGCUUUUUAAAAAGAAAUGCAAUCUUUCCAGGCACGAAAGAAUUCACAUCAACGAGCGGCCAUUUACGUGUUCAGAAUGUGGGAAAUCUUUUACUCAGAAGUCAACUCUUGUGAUACAUCAGAGAAUUCACACAGGAGAGAAGCCAUUUUCAUGUUCAGAAUGUGGGAAAUGUUUCAGUCAGAAGGCUGUUCUUGUUGUACAUCAGAAAUCUCACACAGGAGUGAAGCCAAAUUCGUGUUCAGAAUGUGGGAAAUGUUUUAGCCAUAGAUCAACUCUAAUGAAACAUCUAAGAAUUCACACACAGGAGAGGCCAUAUUUGUGUUCGGAAUGUGGGAAAGGUUUUAAUACUAAAUCAGAUCUCAUGAAACACCUGACAACUCAUACAGGGGAGAAGCCAAAUUCAUGUCCUGAGUGUGGGAAAUGUUUUAGUAAAAAAUCAAGUCUUGCGGAGCAUGUACGAAUUCACACAGGAGAGAAGCCAUACUUAUGUCCUGAAUGUGGGAAAUGUUUUAUCCAUAAAUCAGAUCUUGAGAAACAUCUAAGAAGUCACACAGGAGAGAAGCCAUUUCAAUGCACAGAAUGUGGGAAAUCUUUUAGCUAUAAAUCAGCUCUUGUGAUACAUUUGAGAAUUCACACGGGGGAAAAGCCAUAUUCAUGUUCCGAAUGUGGGAAAUGUUUUAGACAGAGAGCAGGUCUUGUGAGACAUGUGAAAAAUCACACAGGAGAGAUGUCAUAUUGAUGUACAUUAUUUAGGAAGUUCUAUAACCAUGAAACAAGUCUUUUGGAACAUCUAAAAUCUUGCACUGGAGAAAAGCCAUUUUAAUGUUCAGAUCAUGUGAAUAUGGCAGAUAUGGAGCUCUGUUUUAGGACCUGCUUCCUCAGGAUGUCUUCUGAUGUGUAACCUAAAAUUGCUGUCUAAGAUUUGAAAAUCAUAGUUACUUUCCAGCAACAAAAAGUACCAUACCUGAUCACAGGUUGUAUGCAGUAUUGAGGUUCUCCCCUUCACUUCAGUAGAGCCAAGCUGCUUAGUUUUUCUAAUCCUUUACAACCCUUUUAACCCCUUCCCGAAUGAUGAUGCACAUGUAUGUCAUGGAAUGUCAUUGAGCACCAUGUCAUACGUGUAACUCACAAUGAUCGCACAGGCUCACAUGCUGUGCCUUUAUGAUCACCACAAGAUGUUGGCAGUGAUUUAUAGCCAGACUCCAAGUUUUAACAGAAGAGAUUAAACAAACCUCUGCUGCCAGAUAUUCAACCUUUUAGAAGUCACAGUCAAUAUAGAAAGCAGUAUCUGAGCAGGUAGCUAGACAGGUAUGUUGCCAAUGUGUUGCUAGGGCAGCAGGAGACCUAACAUGUAAACAUGUGUAAAGCAGCGUAAAUUAAAAUCUUUAAAAAACAAAUAUAUCAUUUUAACAAUAAAUUAUGGAUUUAUUUGGAAAUGCUCUCAUAGAUGUCUGCUGCUACGCUCCCCAACUUCCUGGCCAUGUAGCAAGUAACUACCAAGCCAAAGUCGCCACAGAAUAAAACAAUCAGAAACCAUCCUAACUUUUUUUUGCCUGGGAUCUCUUUGAGAUCUCAAAGAAGGCUUGUCCCUACUACUCCAGGCUCAUGAGUGUCUGUGUGACUGAACAGCAAUCGGUUGAUUACUGAAUAUUCUCUUUAAUCCUCUUUCUCCUAAUAUGGGAGGAACUAUAAAUUUUUGUUCAUGUUUUUUCAUGUCCACUUGAAGUGGACCCUGUUUUUGCAUGUUAUUGCUAAAAACUGAUCACCUACUGCCAUUUACACUAUUGGGAACUCCUUUAGCUCUGGAUACUUCAUACUUGGGGUCACCACCCUCUUCCUUAGGG